AUGUGCUGAAGGGAAAGAAGGCUUCAUACAAGUUUUACACAAAAUAAUACAUACGCGGCUUGCAACUCUCUCUGUCUAUCUAUCGACUACGGGACAGAGCAGCCGCAGCUCUAAACUUUGAUCCAUUAACUCACUCUCUCUUUGCUUGAGAUUGCAUCGAUUCUGCGUCACAAACUGAAUCACCGGCUUACUGCCCAUUGUUCACUGCAGGUGUAAUCAUGGUCAUGGACAUAGAUGAGGAGAAGUCUGUUUCAGCUGCACAUACAGAACCUUCUGUUGAUGGUCAUACUGUGGCUGCUGCAAUUCCAUCAAUUCCAGUUCCAGUUCCACAUGAAGCGGUUCAACCUGUGAUUUCCCCAUUAGUUCCGGUCCCUAUUUUGCCAGCUAUUGCUCCGAUACCUGGAGUUCCUACAAUUCCUCGGCCAUUAGCACCUCUCCCUCCCCGUCCUCCCAUUCCCAAGCCACCUCAGACACAAAAUGGUGACAUCAGAGGCAGUGAUACAGAUUCUGAUCAGGACGAGUCUGGAGCUCAGCGGACCACUGCCGACUAUGAGAUCUCAGAAGAGAGCAGACUAGUUAGAGAAAGGCAGGAAAAGGCCAUGCAAGAAUUUUUAAUGAAAAGACGUGCUGCUGCCCUCGCAGUUCCAACCAAUGACAUGGCCGUUCGAGCUCGUCUUCGGCGGCUCGGUGAACCUAUGACUCUUUUUGGAGAAAGAGAGAUGGAAAGACGAGACCGUUUGCGGACUCUCAUGGGUAAGCUGGAUUCUGAGGGAGAGUUGGAAAGGCUAAUGAGGGUUCACGAAGAGGAAGAAGCUGCUGCCGCUGUGUCAAUAUCAGAUGGGGCAGAAGACGAAAAUAUCCAGUAUCCCUUUUAUACUGAAGGCCCAAAAAACCUUUUAGAAGCCCGGAAAGAAAUUGCAAAGUAUUCUCUUGCGAGAGCAUCUAUGCGCCUUCAACAAGCAAAAAGGAAACGAGAUGAUCCUGAUGAAGAUUUGGAUGCAGAAAUUAACUGGGCUUUGGAGCAAGCUGCAAGUUUAUCCCUUAAUUGUGAUGAGAUAGGGGAUGACCGGCCGCUGUUAGGAUGCUCCUUUUCACACGAUGGGGAGAUGCUUGCUACCUGUGCUUUAAAUGGAGUCGCAAAGAUAUGGAGCAUGCCUCAGGUGCGAAGAGUGUGUACUUUGAAGGGGCACACAGUCCAUGCUACCGAUGUUGCUUUUUCACCCAUUAACAAUACUUUGGCAACUGCAUCUGCUGAUCGCACUGCAAAGUUGUGGAAUAGUGAAGGUGUGCUUCUCAGAACUUUUGAGGGACAUUUGAAUCGCCUUGCGCGCAUUGCAUUCCAUCCAUCAGGAAAAUACUUGGGUACAACUAGCUUUGACAAGACCUGGAGAUUAUGGGAUGUUGAAACUGCUGAAGAGCUGCUUCUGCAAGAAGGUCAUAGUAGGAGUGUGUAUGGACUAUCUUUUCACAAAGAUGGAUCUUUGGCCGCAUCUUGUGGACUUGAUUCACUUGCUCGUGUGUGGGACCUUCGCACAGGGAGAAGUGUUCUUUCCUUGGAAGGUCAUGUUAAGCCAAUAUAUGGUAUUAGUUUUUCUCCAAAUGGCUAUCACUUGGCUACUGGCGGUGAAGAUAAUACCUGUCGAAUAUGGGAUUUGAGAAAGAAGAAAUCAUUUUACAUAAUUCCAGCUCAUUCAAAGCUUAUAUCCCAAGUGAAAUUUGAACCUCAGGAUGGGUACUUUCUGCUAACUGCUUCCCACGAUAUGACAGCGAAGGUUUGGUCGUCCAGAGAUUUCAAGCCUGUAAAGACGCUGUCUGGUCAUGAAGAUAAACUUUCAUCAUUGGAUGUAGUAUCAGAUGGCCAGUAUGUUGCCACAGUUUCAUAUGAUCGUCACAUCAAGCUGUGGUCAUGUAGAGACAUGGAAAAGGCUGCUGAAAAGGGUAUGGAUAUCGAUUGACCUAGACUUCUAGUUGCAGUGUUGGUGAAGUUUUAGGGUAAAAUCCUAUCAACUGAAAAUUUUGUAAGAGAGAAAAUUUGUCAGUCAGUUUAUUGUAGUUAACUUGAGAACAUCAUAAAUCUGGUAACAUAUUUGAAAUACUCUGUGAAUUUCAAUUCUUGCAUUUUAGAUA